GUCUCGCAGAGUUGCGGCUUACUAAUGCAAAUCCCGCUGUUGGAGCGGGUCCCGGAGCCUUUGAGGACGACUCGAAUCAAAGAGGAGGCAAGAAACAGAAAAAGAAGAGGAGACACCGAACGAUAUUCACCAGUUACCAGUUAGAAGAGCUGGAAAAAGCGUUUAAAGAUGCUCACUACCCAGAUGUCUACGCCCGUGAGAUGCUCUCGUUGAAAACAGAUCUACCCGAAGAUAGAAUUCAAGUAUGGUUCCAGAAUCGGCGCGCAAAAUGGCGCAAGACUGAAAAGUGUUGGGGGAAGGCGACCAUAAUGGCCGAAUACGGUUUAUACGGAGCUAUGGUCCGACACUCCCUACCCUUACCCGAAGGCAUACUCAAGGGCGCGAAGGAGGGCGACGUAACGAACACCGCGCCGUGGCUCUUAGGCAUGCACCGCAAGUCUCUCGAAGCUGCUGAGAAGCUGAAGGACGGCACGGUGAGCGAAGCUUCCUCGACUGGACACGAGACAUCGGAGAGAUGUUCUUCGCCGUCUAAUACCACGACGGCAGCGAGCCCCGUGACAGUGACAGCAAACGUUCAACGCGAUAUCCAGAGCAGCGCAGCUAAUCUGAAGAACGCGGAGCCGAACAGCGAGGAUGCCACAGACCUCAGGACAUCGAAUACCAUUUCAACGCACGGGGCAGCUCAUCACAUGCUCCAUCCGGGAUUCCAUUCAAGUCAACUUUUGCGGCAGUGUCGGAGCAAUGGAGACGGGGACGAUGAAGAUGACGACGAGAGGCUGAACGAAGAGGCUACCGAUUUAUGCGUAAAACGUGAGCCCGAUGUGGACAGCAAGCAGUCUGUGGCGCAGAGCGUGCGGCUGGCGUCUUCGUCACCCCAUCAAACCCAAGCUGUCGGGAGCCCGGAAUCAAAACCUCGUUUACAUCACUCGAUCGAUGCGUUGUUUCGGGGCCAGUUCAGAGCGACGGAAAAACAUGGAGAUCAAGCGAGCGUAUAG